AUGCAACCGACAGAAGCAGGUGAUAAGACCAUCGCCAAUGCAUGUGCUGAGAAUGUUGAAGCUUCUGACCACGGCAAUGCAAGUUGUUUUGCCACUCAGUGCAAUGCCAGUAGCAAACCAGACACUCAAGAUUUGCAUGUCACCAAAAUGACAAUGCAUGAGCCUGGAACAUGCCAAAAGACCGAUGUCCACCAGCAAGCUCUUGCCUUUUUCCAACACCAAGAUUUGCCUGAGACUCAGUUGAAUACAUGUGAAGCUUCCGACACCAGCCGGUUGUACAUAGAUGGUGUUCCACAGGUCCCAAUGCAUCCGAAUUCCUUGUCGAGCAAGCACAAGGAACUGACUGACCUGUCCAAUCAUGCCGUCGAUGCCUACACAGAUACACACACCAGUACACACAAAUUUGAAAAAACGGAUCAAACGAAACAUCAUUGCACCAACCACCGAAUUCCAAAGAAUGAGCAGCCUGGUUUUGCUUUCCAAGUGGAGUCAACGGACCUUUCACUGUACAGUGUUGUUGAGUAUGACCGUACCACUCCACCCAAGACAGCCGCCAAGUUUGUUGCAUCCGUACCAAAUGCUUUGCCGUUCACCGCCGCUUGGGCAUCCGGUUCGUCCCAGUCCGUGUACAGAGAUGCAGCCGAUUGUACAGAUCAGCCGUGUACAGAUUAUUUGCGGAAUUCCUCAUGCUUACCAACCAUGACUCACCCACAAGACAAACACAAGGAUGAAGAGCGACAGCAUGAAGAUGAUCUUACCAACAAUGUUGUUUAUCACCCCAAUGGAGCUGUUGUGACCUUUUUCAACAUUCACCAACAACAGUUGCAACAUAAGAACAGCCAUGACAAACAUACUGCCACAGCUCAAGCACAUGCAACAACCCCUGAUCCUUGGGAGCACGAUGAUCCUUGGAAAGGGAAACUGAUCAUUCCCCAAAAGAACAACACUGACAAGCAGCCCUUAACUGAUGACACCACCAAACACCAGUUUUCAUUUCCACAACAUGUGAGCAAAGCUGAUGUUGAAGCCAACAUAUCACCACCUUCGGAGUUGUUCAUCCAGCAUGAAGCACAGCAAGCCUAUGAGCAAGCCAUCCUUCCUUAUGCCACCAAAGGGGGAGUGACUGGGUUUUCGACCAACAAACGCAAAAGCGCUGAAGAUGCAAAAGACAGUCCACCUCGACUCAAGAAAAGCAAGGAAGAUGCAUGUGCUAAGCAAGUGCCAUCUGGACAACAGAAGACAGCUUGUCACUUUCCCGGCUUUCCUUUCCAGCCUGGGGCGCCUGAGGACACAGCAAGCUGCACUGCCACACAGGUCACAUUAGAUGCCGACAAGGUCGUCCUGGUUGGGCACAGGCUUGAACACCUCCAUCGAAUCAAGGUUCCUGGUCAUGCCACUGUAGGGCAAAUCGUCACUGCAGAAGCCAAGUUGCAUGACUUGCCACCGCCGACCAAGGCCAUGUCGAUUGUUGGUACACACAUUCCUGUUUAUGUUGUACCCCAGCAUGAACAAAUUAUCUUGCUAGAAGACGGCAACAAGGAGUGUAUCUGCAAAUGCCCACAAUUCAGUGACGUCUUGCCACCUGAAAUUCAAGGGUUGGAACGCAUUAUUGCUUUGUGGUCUCAAAAAGGUUGGGUUGCGAACGACGAGAUGACGUACUACAUGAAGAUGCUCAAAAAUCAAGAGUUUGCAAACACAACUGACCCACUGAUCCUUGCAGGAACGCCAGAUGACCAAGAAGUCCUUGCCGAAUGGGUCUUGACAGCAUCAGAGAAAGCAGUGCAAUCCGGAGGACCAUUGUGCAUACACACUGCAUGCUUACGGAACAAUCAUUGGUUCCCAGUCAGCGCCAUGUUUCGUGACGACACCAUCAGUUUGCAUACCACGGUCGAUGAAAAAGACAUGGUUGCAGAAUGGAUUGAGUCCGCCCUCGGUCAUCCUAUUACAUGUCAUGCUCACGUCAUUGGCUCAACUUUCCCAGCAGAUUGUGGCUUUCAGGCACUGGCAUGGAUCCUUAACAAAGCAGCUGGAGAAGUCCGAACCUGCCCCAUGCAGAUAUCAGAAGCCAUACAGUGGAGAUUGCUCUUUGCCCAGCACCUCGUCAAUCAGGAAGCAGACAAAUGCAUUACCUCCAAACUGUUGCUGGGAGGAACAACAGCAGAAGCACAUGUCCAAGAGAUUGCCAAUAUGCUUAAUGAACAUGGAGUCAGCAGCCAAAGGAUUCCGACAGUAGUUCAGCAGCUCGUCAAAAGCCUUGGACAUGCGAGUCUCAAAGCAACCGUAGGAUCUGCCAGGCCGUGGGCCGAUCUUAAAGCCAAAGCAACCGCCAGCAAGCCGCCAAUUCAACUUGUACUUGCUGAGGAGCUCCAAGCCAAAGUAGCAGAGCGCUUACAGACAGGUAAACCAAUGGGUAGUCGGAAAAACAAAGCCAACAAGAAACCAUCAGCCGAGAAAUGGGUCACUCCUGCAGCCGCACAGGUUCAGAUCCCACCAGGCAUUUUCCAGCAACAGGAUGGUACUCCCUUGGUACAAGUGAACAUCAAUGAGAUUCAGGUCAAACAGAGAGGUGUGGUUGUUCUCAACAUCCAAGAUGCAAAGCCGUACCUGAACUUACAUGCCCCAUUGAGCAAAGAAGGGAUUGGAAUGCUUAUCCUGGAUUUUCAAAGUGAUGAACUCCCGACACAACACCAAGUGAUCAAGUUCCCAGCCAACUGCCCUGAGACACAGGAACCCAUGAUCCUGACGGCAGCAUUGGUCCAACUAGGAGCACAAGCAGUGACACGCCUCAUGCCAGCGCAACCUGCAGGAAUCGAGCAGAUUGAGACCAAGGUUGUGAGAGCGGUGUUGUACAAAGACCAGUACCCGAACGCAUGGGAGGCUUUAAUUGCCAAGCCAGUGAAAGCCAUGUUGACUAUGGAUCAUUUCUCCCAACUUGAGCCAUCCGACAUCCUAGAUGUUUGGGAUAGACAAUUCCUCAAUAAGCAAUAUCAACGGGUGAGGCCAGACCAAGCUGACAUGUUCUCUGUUGUUUUCAGACUCUCGGCAGACAAAGCAUCACAGGUCAUGACUCACAAUAGUGUGGAUGGGGUGUUCUUUGAACCCAGAACUGAGUCAGGAAGAGAGCCAUGCAGGCUUCACCGCAUAGUAUGGCUGCCCAAGAAGAGCUUUGCGGACACUGUGGUUGCCAAACAAGCCACACCAGUUGAAACUGCAAUCGCAAGAUCCGGAGAUCGUUUUGGACUCAGAGUUAACAAAGCAGAAGCACAGCAAGUUCACCAGCAACACCGGCCGGACAUUGCAUACUUAGAUGGAUCCACUACCAAACAGUAUCGCAUUGCUCCAUUGCCAUUUGGCACCACGAAGAAGUCCUUACAGCAGGUGUUUGGUACCUGGGGAUGGAAUGCUAGAGCAUCACACACCCAAGGAUUGACACCAGAUAAGCAGGGACUAGUUUGGGUCGCACUUGCCACGGAAGCCCCUGAGUUUUGGGUCUUCACCAUGGUCCAUGGGGAUGUCCUUAUCAGUGAGCACAAUGUACAAAGACAAUCCCAAGCGCAGCCGGUAGGAGCACCUGUGGCAUCCUUCAAAACAUUGAAACACCUGACAAGCACCGCCAAAACGCAGCAAGGAGGAGAAGAUGCAGCCAAGGACCCUUGGCUCAUGCAUGACCCAUGGUCCACAGCAUAUGCAGCUCAGACCAAGCAGCGAACUCCUUCUGCCAGUCAACUUGCCGCCAUUGAAGCCAAUGUACAUAAGAAAGUCAUGGCAUCCGUCCAAGAGAAGAUUUCCCAAGAGAGACAGCCUGACAUGGACAUGGACACAGGUGGUGACUCCAGAGUUGCACAACUUGAACAACAAGUUUCUAUGUUGACAAGCAAUGUCCAACAAAUCACCGGAUCUUUCUCUGAGUUCAAGCAUCAGCAGACCACGCACAACAGCCAGGUUGCUCACCAAGUCCAGGCACUGAAGCAACAGGCCGACCAACAACAGCACACAAUGCAGAGCCUCCUCGAUCAAAAACUUGAGGAGCAAAUGACCAGAAUAGAGGUCAUUGACCAUGUGUUUAGCGACCAUGCGGCAGUUUGUGCACACUUCGAAAUGUUCGGCACCGAACAGCACAUGUACCAAUGGCGAGUACCCAAGCCCCUGCCUUGGGAUGAAUGCCAGGUGCCACUCCACAGUGCAAACUUUCAGGUGGACAGUAUCGAUAACCCUGAAAAGGCCAGCCAAAGCAUUGCCGAGGAAUGGCGAGCCGUGCUGAAAGCACAGGGAUUUGGACACUUCCCUACCUGGUGGAGAAACGUACCAGAAAAGUUCGCGCAUGCGCCAGCAGAGAUCCCAUGCGAUUUGCCCACCGCUGAAGAAUUGUCUGGAAUUUGCCUGGUUGUAGAACGCGAAGUAAGAAGGAAUGAAAAAGUUCUUCAAGCGGAACUUGUGGCCAAGGGCAAGGCUAACAGAGUGAUGAAUCCCAACAAGAUUUUCAAAGAUUUUGCCAAGCCCAAAGCAGCCCCUGUUAGCGUUCUGCAAGAUGAAUGCGAAGUCGCAGUCAUUGAGGUUGACUAUGACCAACAAGCAGUCAUACUUGACAAACACCAGCAGUUUGGACCAGGUGAGAUUAUGACACCGCAUGGCCCGGUUUCACCAAUAGCCAUGUGCGAAGAUAUGAUAUGGUUGGAAAGUGUUGAAGGUUUUGCUCCAGGCCAAACACUCCGCGAAGAGCAUUUCAUAGGCCAACUUGAGGAACUUUUCCAGCGUUUCAGUGAUGAAUGGAAAAUGCGGUGGGACCAACACAAAGAUAUACCUGCAGCCCACUGGCAACCCUUGCAAGACUUUUUUGACCUUGCACAGCCCAGGGGUCCAGCUCAGACGUAUGCUCCCAUCUCAGUCCAACAAUGGAAGAAAGCCAUUUCCAAGAAAAAGCGAAAUGCUGCACAAGGUCCUGACGGCUGGAAUAGGCAAGACCUCAUGAUGUUGCCUGAUGACCUCACGCAAGCUAUCCUAGAUAUCAUCACCAAAGUGGAAAAACAAGAAAUGCAGUGGCCCCGACAGUGGCUUUGUGGCAUAGUCCACUCUCUUGAGAAACAUGAAGGUUGUCCGAAGAUGUCAGCAGAUCCAGGCCUGAAGUUGGACCAUGUGCAGUCGUGUUGCAUAGGCUUCACCAGGUUUACUGGAAUUGGGAUGCAGACGGGUUUUUUCGUGAUGCGUUUGGUCAACCAGUGGACCUCUGGCAAACUCCAGUGCAAGAACUCGCUAGCCGAGUAUCAGAGGUUGUCACAUUGCCUUCUGGACCACGACAGCACCGGUCCGAGUGACUGGAUGAACGUUUGCUGGUUUUUCCUUGCGAUGCAGGUGCUCCGCCAGGAGCUUGGGGCAGUUGCUGCGUCCGCUGCACAACGCAGCCGUCGCUUCGACGUUGCGCGAAAGAGCGAAAGAGCAUCUCAUCUCUUCAGCAAGGUGGGGCGGACCAAACAUCCAGGAUUUAGCCACAGCGGGCAGAUCGAGGAUUCCCAACUCUGGCUACGCUACCUGGGUUACCGACGUGCCCGUAGAAGCAAGAGACCAGUAGCGAUCAAGGGAGCCAUUGAGGCACCUUCUCUCGAUCCAUGGCCGAAUGAGUUACUACUGUGGUACCCCUGUGGCAACCCGGAGGAAGCUACUUCCGCCAGUGAGGGCAGCUUCCAAAGUUCGCCCCGGCAACGGCGUGCUGGGAUUCACCUCACUGAAACUUUGACUUCGCUUGUGGGCUCCGCAGUCCUGCUCUGCCGCGUAACCCUUGGAGACGUGCACUACACGGACUCAGCUCCCGACUUGGCCGCCGUCCAAUCUGCCAGAUCUGUGGGAAAAGACGCGCUGGUGGCGCACGCGAGCAAAGGACGCAAGGACUUUGUUCUUUUCCAAGAGGAGCAACUCUACCCGGAGUUCCUACUUGAGUUGAAGAAUACUGAAUAA